GAUGAAUAGGAUGUUUAGGGGGAGGACCUGUCCUAGGUUUACUUACUUUUAGUGGUGGUGGAGUGAUCAACAAAGUCAACUAGUCAACCAAGAAGGGCAAAAAAAACAGAAAGAAAAGAAGAAAACCAUUCUGGCAGGCUUGGCAGCUGUACACUUUAUUACAGACUUUGCGACCUAUAAAUAAAUCUUCUCAAAGUAAACCAAAGAUUCCUCCAAGAGUACUGGCAGCUAGGUAGAAAGCAAAAUAAGACAUCAAAGAUCUCAAAUAAAAUGGCAGAAACGAGAAUCAUGAUCAUGGUGAUAAUGGUUUUAGUCCUGAUUUUGGGUGAUCAUCAGGUUACAAAUACAGUUGAUGCAGCAAGGCCAAAUGCGGCAGUGUGUAAAUUGGAAAGGAGGCUGCUGGUGAACACCUGCAAGCCGGUGCUGUACGGAAAGCCACCGUCCUCCAAUUGCUGUUAUCGGAUCAGGGCCACCCAUUUCCAGUGCAUUUGCUCUGUUAUCACUCCCAAAUUGGCCGCCCUGAUCGACGUCAAUCGGGCGAUUCGCCUCGUCGAAGGUUGCGGGAAGCGAGUCCCGCGUCACUUCAAAUGUGGCAGUAUCACUACGCCUUGAAAUUAAUUUUCUUUCGAUGGCAGAUGAUGGAUUCCUAGCUGAUCUGGAGAUCUUUAAUUUCUUUAGGCGAAAUGUCUCCGUUUUAACUCUGUGUUUUGAUUUGGUUUCGUCUAUCAUCUGGAUGUAAUUGAAGCCUUGGACUUCCUUUGUACAAUGUUAAUCCUACUUGAUUAUAAAAUCAUGUUUGCUGUAUUGAAACAUUUAAAUAAUUGAGAGUUUUAUUUUGGGACGAAAAAGGGUCUUUUAUUUAGAUUUAGGUUGAACUGCUGAAGUUCUUAUGUUCUGAUAAGCCAUUGUUGAGUAAGUAUUUUCUAGGAAAUAUGAUAAUGGCUUUGCUUAGUGCUGAUGGGCUGGAUGUCCAAAUGUUGACCCAAAAAGUACACGCGCAGAUCUCUAUGGUGUUACCUUGAAGCUAGGAGCUGUCCUUUUUUAUUGUUAGUUUAGAUGGGAUCAACCGAUCGACAUCAAUUUUAUGAUUUUAUCCCCACCAUAUAAAAUAAUUAGUUUUAGAACCUUGAAAAAUCACUACUUUUACCCUUUAAUGAUAUUCUUUUUUUCUAGUGGUAUGUUUAUACAUGAAUAUUUGGAAGAAUGAAUAAAAUCAUGACUAUACCCAUGACAAAAAUUCAUAGCAGAGUUCUUUACAGUCUCUCUUGUAUACCAUAUGAUUCCAAUUAAAAAUAUGUCUUGUAUCCAAGACCAGAC